UUCCCUGGCCAGUGCCCCCCUCCCUGCCCUGAGCGCUCUCACCCUGUCCUGACUUUUGUACAGGCUUCUUCUCUUGGGAGUCUCGUUUUAUAUCCAGUUCAGAGAGCUUCAAACCAAGGAGAGACUUUGCAGACUUCCUUUCUAAUCCCUCCAGGGGGUGGGGGGCAGCCCCCCGCCUCCGUCCUCCAUGUAAAUCUUGUGUGCUGUUGUCCCUGCUCCUUCCCUCCCCUCCCUCCCCCCCGGUUCGUGUACCUCGUGCUUGUACAUUUCCGCGCUGUAGACAGUGUGUACGAUACUGUUCUUUCAAUGUGUUAUCACUAGAGCAGGUGCCUCCAUUGAUGUUAGGGGAAACAAUGAGAAUAAUAAUAAUUUUUUUGGGAUUUUUUUUCUUUUUUGGUUUAAAAAAAAAAAAAAAAGGAAAAAAAAUAAUUUCCUUCCAAGGCUUCUUCCAAGGUGAAGAUUGAAGGCGAGGGGGAAGGCGUGUGUGUGUUCACUGCCCCCCCUGCAUCCUCAGUAGGGCACUGUGGAGCGAGCUGGGGGUCUGGCUGCAUGUAUGCCCCCCUGGUAUGUCCCCAGGUCGGGAGUGCAGCGGGUGCUGCCCCGCAGGGUGGAUGGGGCUGUGCUGGGUGCACAUGUGCAAGAGUGUGUGUGUGAGUGCUGAGAGUGAGUGUGCAAGGGAAUGGCUUGGGGGGGUCUGCACUCUGCUCUCUCUGCCAGCACCCUCCUAGCACCAUGCUGGGGGGAGCAACAGCCUGUGAGCCCCUGUCAGGGGCUGCCCUGUGAGCAUAGAGGUUCUGGGUGCAGCCCACGUCUCACCCAGAUUGGGGGUGGCUGGCAUGGGGGGGACCCCAUGUCCCCCCAGCCCUUCUGUGGGACUGGGAGACAGUGCCUGAGACCCUUGGGUCAGGCCUGGCCUGAUCCCAAGUCCCAGCACACAGUGGGGUGGGGUCCCAUGCUGACACCCACUUCCUGGGGGCUGAGGUCUCAGUCCUGCAGACCUCUGCCCCCAAGCGUAGGAUCCUGGGGGAGGCUCCCACGGCAGCAGGGGGGGGUUCUGCUUUGCAGAUAGGUACGAUGGGUGCUGGGGUUCCCACAGAGUGGUGAUGUGCCCCCUCGCUGCCCACCCCCUCCCCGGGCACGCUGAAAUGCCUUUUUCUUUUUUUUUUUUUUUCUUUUGCCCCCCUUCCUUCCCCCUCCUCCAUAGUUUGUGCCAUUUAUGAGUCAUGUAUGGUACCAAUAAAAUGACUUUUCGGUUUGAGGCUGUCCUGAGCGCUUAUUUCUGAGCCCAGGGCCUGGGGGUGCCAGUGCUGGUGCCAAGGUGCGUCCCCAGGCCCUCGAGGUUUCAGCUCCUGGGCAGCUGCACCGGAGGGGUGCUUCAGCCAUUCUCCCCUCAGCAGCCAGGAGCACCAGGAAACAGCUUAGGAAUGUUCCUACACAGGGAGUCCGCAGCAGGAAGAGGCUGAGCUCCGUGUGCCUCCACACCCUGGGAUAAAGGGUAAAGCAACCGGAAAAAAAUCCGUCUCAAAACCUCGGGGGAGUCCCAUGUCAGCCCCUACGCUGCACGAGCCAAGUUUGUGCAGUUUUUCCCUGUUUUUUCUUCCUUGGGGUAUUGCAUUCUUUCCUGUCCCAGGACCCUUUGCUUUGCUAGAGGGAACUGCGGGCAUCCAGCACUAGGGGGGUGGGCAGGAGGGGAGCCACCAAGCUGCCUCUCACCCACGGCACCGAGAGCUGCAGUGGGGCAGGGGGAAAAAGGCAUAGGGGUACAGCUCAGGUCCGUGCCGUACAGGUGCUCCCCGGCACCUGUCCCAGAGCAAGGCACCAACGGCGACAGCUCAUGCGGGAUGUGGGGCCGGGAAGGUGAUGGGGGCUCUGGGAGAGGCAGAUGUGGGGCGUUGGGAUGGGCAGCGGGCGUGGGAAGCUCCGGGAGUCCCGUGGGAUCGCGCUUGGGACGCGCUGCUGCUGCUGGUGGCCCUGACCCAGACACGGGAUGGCCGGGAGCCAGGCGGUGGCCGGGAUAGGGUGGGGCGAUGCAUUUGCCAGCGCACAGCUUUUCAGUCACUGGGCUGAAACUGAAAGGAGCCGCAGAGCCCGCAGAGCCGGGCGUUAGCUGUGCGGCGGAGCACCGCAGGACGCGGUGCCACCAUGGAGCUGGGGAACAUCUCGCAGCCCGUGUACGGCCCCGGCCUCGAGGAGCCGAGCAGCAGCACGCCGGGGCUGGUCCGCAUGGUGCACGGCUUCCUGCGCCUGGUGCAGCCCCACGGUCUCCCCUUGGAGCUGAUAGCGGAUCUGGCACAGACGCAGGGCGAGGUGGUGAACGACGAGCAGAAGGAGGAGCUGCUGCGUUACGAGCUGGGCUUCCUGGUGUGCAUCGCCAUCGGGCUGCUCUUCGCCGUCGCGGUGCCGCUGGCGGGAUGCUGCUUCUGCUGCUGCCGCUGCUGCGGGCGCUGCGGGGGACGCAUGUCCCAGAAGCAGGACGGGCGGAUGCGCAGCCGACGCCGGGUGCUGUACAGCGCCGUGCUGCUGGUGUCGGCGCUCGUGCUGGCCGGCGAUGUGUGCGCCUUCAUCAGCAACAUCCGCUUCUCGCAAUCCGUGAGCAGCACCUUCCCCAACAUCAACAGCACCGUGCACGACCUCCGCUCCUACCUGCUCUCCAUCCCCCAGCAAGUCAGCUUCAUCAUUGACAGCAGCAACGUCCCGUUGGGCAACACCAAUGACAGCCUGCAGAACAUUGGGCCCCUCCUCGGCGGCAGGAUUGCUUCCAGCAUCAGGAGCAGCACAGACGAGGCGCUGGGAUCCCUGCAGAGCCUUUUGGGAGCAAUGGAAACACUGGCGUCCGCCUUUGGCACCAUCAACAGCACCCGCUGGCACCUGGAGGAACUGCAGGGCACCUAUGAUGGGCAGCUGGGCACGCUGCGGGCACGCAUUGAGAACACCUUGCAGCGCUGUGGGCAGCCCUGCAGCACCACCUCACCCAAUGGUGUGGCCUUCGUGGCCAACUAUAGCACGGUGCCUGGUGUGGAGCGGCAGCUGGAGGCGCUGUGGGAUGUGCUGGACAGUGGCAUAGAGGGGGAUUUGGAGGUGAUCAGCGUUCUGGAGCAGGCCCCCAGAAAGGUGCAAGAGCAGUCCCAGGACGUGGUGACACGGACUCAGGAGCAGCUGGGCCACAUCAGGCAGGAGAUUCGCAGCAUGCAGGACCAGCUGCCACUGCAGAACAUGGAAGAGAGAGCUGGGAACCUGGUGAACCAAACCAGUGCCGUGCUGGGGGACAACCAGAAGACUGUCACUGACCUGGAUAGCAUCAGGUGGAGUGUGUGUGCCCUGCUGUGCUGUAUGGUGCUGCUGGUAGUCCUGUGCAACACCUGUGGGCUGCUGCUGGGGCCGCUGGGGCACAAGGAGAGCACAUUGCCCACUCAGCGCAGCUGCCUCUCCAACACCGGAGGGAACUUCUUCAUGGCAGGGGUGGGCUUCAGCUUCAUCUUCUCUUGGCUGCUGAUGCUGCUGGUGCUGCUCACCUUCUUCCUGGGGGGGAACAUCUACAUGCUGGUCUGUGAGUCCUGGCGCAGCCAGCAGCUCUUCCAGCUUGUGGAUACCCCUGGCCUCAUCCCCGGCUUCAACCUUUCAGAGGUGCUGGGUGACGAGAGUGGCACCAUCACCUUCUCGCAGAUCUACAGACAGUGCCAGCAAGAUGCUGCCCUAUGGCAGACGCUGCGCCUGGACCAGAGGGUGUCCCUGGAUGAGCUCCUGAACAUCAGCCAGUACACAGGAGAGAUCUCAGCGGCUUUCCAGAAGCUGAAUAUCACCCUGACCCCCAUCUCUGUGCUGAACGAGAGCCAGCGGGAGCUGCUGCUGAAUGCCUGCCGUGAUGCACAGCCUCCCAACUUCACCCACACCCUGCAGCAGCUGGAUCAGGGCGUCACGAUGGGCAGCCUGCAGGAGCUGGCCACAGAGCUGGAGCAGCUGGCGGACAACGCGGGUGCAGAUGUGCAGGGGGACCUGAAGGCAGAUGCUGCUGAGCUGCGGGAGCUGGACAGGGAGCUGAACAGCAACUUCUCAGGGCUGCUGAAAACCCUGAAGGAGAACAUCCAGUUGGUGCAGAGCCGGGCUGCUCAGCUCGAGGCACAGACAAACUCCACGUUGGACAAAGCCAGCGCCACAGAGGAGUUCCUGGGGAGGGAGAUGGGGAACAUUAUCAAGAAUGAGACAUGGGCCUUUCUAGAGGAGCUGCUGGAUUUCUUUGAGACCUACAUCACCUGGGCCAAGAGCAGUCUGAGGAUGGAUGUGGCACGCUGCAAGCCCAUAGCCCAGAGCCUGGAUAACGUGGAGGCCAUCGCCUGUGACCACAUCUUGGACUCUAUGAACACCUUCUGGUUCAGCCUGGGCUUGUGCACUGUGUUCCUGCUACCCAGCAUCAUCCUGGCCGUGCGACUCGCCAAGUUCUACCGCCGCAUGGACAUCGAUGACGACUACAGGAAAGAAGCUGUGGAGAUAGGACCUGCAUUCAACCUGUACAAAAUCCCCCGGCCAGCUACAAGGCAUUAGCCUCCAUCAACACAGCACAGGCACUAAGGACACUGAACACGACAGCUCUGUCUGCUGCAUCUUCUCCCUUAGCACUGGGAACAGGCUGGGAGCCCUCUCCCCACUUCCCAAUAAGUGGUGAUGUGCUGCAGCUGGGAGACAGCCUGCAGGAGAAGGAUGUGUGCCCCUUGCACUGCCCCAGGUGGGGCUUUGCUACCCCUCAUCACCUGGGGGAGGUGGCAGGGAAGAGGAGGAGUAGCAGAGCAUCUCCCCCACGGCUCGUUGCAGCCAUGCUGUGGUGUGGGACUGGGCCAGGACCCCCCCUGCUUUGUGUGCACAGGCAGAUGCUGCUGGCUGAGGGGAACCUUCUUACCCAAGCCUGCCACUCCAUAACCAAUGUGAGUAUUUAUUUGUGCAGGGAGCCUGACUCUCCAGUGCUGUGAUUUUGGGUGUAAAACAAUAAAUGAGGUGAUUUCA